GUGGGUGGAGGGAUGUGAGACAAGCGACUGAGUAAUAUCCCUGACACUGUUCCUGGCGAGUCUUGGGGUUUGGGGUGUUUUAUGUGUUAUUCUCCGUAACUGAGGAGACAUAUGGCUGACAGAGAGGAGAGGCGUGUGGGGCAGGAUGUGGAGGAAGAGAUGGAGGAUGAAUUGAAUGAUGACAUGGCAGUAGAGAUGGAUGAAGGUGAUGGAGGACAACAGGGAGGAGAGGAUGUGGCUCAAGGGGAUGUGGUGGAGGAGCAGCCACAGGAGCUGGUCUUGAUGGAGGAGGUGCUUGUGGAUGAAGAUGCUAACAGUUGGGCAGAAUACGAGAGUUGUGAAGAAUCAGAUGGUCCAGAUGGUAAUGGUAGUGGCGACGAUGGCUUUGGUGAGCAGUACGACACUACCCUACCUUCUAGACAUGUUUACCUUGGCGAGACAGAAGAGUUACGGGGUCGCACUGUACAGGAGGAAAACGACUAUGUUACAAUUCCAUUGUUGAUGCACAGCUCCCUGAUGAACCUGGUAUUGGUGCCUUCACAAACGCUCCCCCUCACCAUCUUCCAUCCUUUGCACAUGUCAAUGCUUCGCAACGUCAUUUCUAAGGAUCGCACUUUCGGCAUUGUUCAUUCAAAAAUAUCUCAAGAUGGUAAUUCAGAAAUGGCCAAGUAUGGGACAACAGCAGAAAUCUAUGAAUACCAAGAGGAAGAUUUUACAGAUUCAUUAUCAAUCAAGGCCAAAGGUCGCCAACGAUUCAAGGUUAUUUCAACUCAUCGAGAAACCACUGGAUUAAUUGUGGCAAAAGUGCAGAUUUUGCCUGAGAUUCGAAUGGAAAAUCCAUUUGAAAUGAUGCGUCUGCAGUCCUUAGACAAGCUUACGCUGCCUCGGCCCCAAGAGGCGUAUUGUCACGUAGCACAAGCGAGAGACUUAGCUUCAGUUCGAACGCCCAACUCGUGGCGUGUAAGGGGCUGGAAUGCUUGGUUAACCCCCUGGCCGUCGUGGGUGUAUAACCAGUACGAUGAUCUACUCUUGGCACAGAGAGUCGUAAACGAAAUAAAAAAAAGUACUAUGAUCCAACCCAAUAUGCUCAAACUUCCACGUGAUCCCCAAGAUUUAUCACACUGGGCGGCUAUCAACCUUCCCCUAGAUGACAGCCAUCGUCUAGCCCUUCUUGGUCUCAAUACUCCCACACAGCGCCUUAGAUACAUUCUUUCAGUCAUCUCUAAGUGCAAAAUGUUAACUUGUAUUCAGUGCACUGAAGUAAUAGGAGACACUGCAGAUAUUUUUUCUAUGUCAGUAGAAGGACCUCAAGGAACAUUUGUAAACCCUGGUGGUUAUGUGCAUGAGAUGCUGACACUCAGUAAAGCUUCCAACCUUACAUACUAUGGAAGACCAUCAAUAGAACAUUCAUGGUUCCCAGGAUAUGCCUGGGCGAUUGCCAACUGCUCAAGCUGUCACAGUCACUUGGGAUGGAAAUUUACAGCUACCAAGCGUAAACUUAAACCACAAAAGUUUUAUGGUGUGACUCGUAAAGCAGUUAAAGCUAAGCUGGUGUGGGAUGGCGAUGAUGGCAAGAUGCGUCAUGUAAUAUAGGCCUCUUUUAUGAAGUUACUGCUUCUAGGAAAAUAUAUACUAACAUGUACAAUAUAGUAAACCAGAUCUAGUCGACAUCUAUUACCUCUGUUUCAACUGUACUUGGUAAGUUAAUGCUGCCUGGAUAUUGUCACAAGUAUAUAAAUAGUGAAGUAAUAUCUCCGUUAGCCGGAAUCCCUCAAACCUGGAACUCUCUGAUAGCCGGAAUUGAAAUUUUCUCGGAAAAUCGUUCCCAAAGCCGGAAUUUUACGAAAGAUUCCGGCUUUGGGAACGAUUUUGUGAGGGGCACAUUUUCCGGAAAAUUCCAAGAAAAUUUUCCCGAUACCCGGAAAAUUCCAGGAAUGAGGGAUAUUUUUGCGGGUUUGAGAGAUGAUGUAAUGGGCAAUUUCUGGAACUUUGAGAACAUUUUUCCGUUACCCGGAAAAUUCCGGGGAUGAGGGAUUUUUUCCGUCUUUGAAAGAGUCGUCUCGUUACCCGGAAAUCUCUCAUUCCAGGAAAUGCUCUGCACCAAUUGUUCUGGCUAAUGGGGAUAUCACUGUACAUUUUUAACCUAUAUUUAAUGUUUCAUGUAACCAUUUGUUGUGAUGCAAUCCACAUUGUUUUUGGUUACCUUGCUUCAUUUCCCAUUAUUUAAUCAGUUUGACAAAUUAGUAAUUUACUCACUAUACUGUAUAUCAUAAUAUUGUUAACAGACUAUAUAAUAAUGUACUGUAUGUAGAAAAAGUUUAGGAUAUACUUCAUGGCUUUGUGUUGUGCAAUUACAGUAUGCAGAAAUACAUCAUUUAUAAAGCAGUAACAGUAACCUUUAGCUAUCAUACAUUUACUGACAAUGAACUGGUUGAGAGGCCUGCAGGGUGCACUGUGAUUAUAUAUUUUUGGUAUGAAGAAGCAUUAGGGGGCUUCAUUGAUUAAAGGGAAAUGGAUUUUGUUUAGGUAAAAUCUAGUACAGGUUACAUUCAUGUGAUGUGAAUUUUUCUUAAAUCACUUUAAUUUUUCAUCAUGACGGCCGUUAAGUUAAUGUGAUGGAAAGGUACCCAUUGGUGUUGUCAUUCUUGUGUCUGUUUGUUAAUGCAGUCCUUCGGGAUAUGAUAAUUCCUUCAUUUCACUUUAGCUUUUCAUAAUUUUUAGUUUGUAUGUUCUUUACCAUAAUAUUGUGCAUGGUACUGAAUGUUGGUGAUCUGUCAUGAUGAACUAUGUUAUACAGCAUUUUGCAAUACAGUCCAUACUUCACUUUAACGACUAAUUGGUACCACGAAAACGGUCGUUAAUUUGGUGAGUAUGGUUUACAUGCUAAAUGGGUCAAUUGGUACCAGCCCUCAGACACUUUCACCCCCUAUAACCCCCACAAAAAAUUACAACCACUUAUUCACACACAUUAAUAUUGCAUGUAGAGUUAAUAACUAAUAAUAACUAACUAUUAGACACUCCUUGAACUGCUUAAUGAGACUGUUUGCUGUCAUCACAGGCAAGGGAGUGGUGUUAGUGCCCCCUGACCCCACACUGUGUUGCUUCCCCAGCACCACCACCAACUGAUUCUUCAGCCUCAAAGCCAGUGAAGUCUAGUGGUAAAUCAUCUAACAGAUCACACCAUAGGUGGAGAGGUUACGCAACACAAUCACAUCAUAAGUGAGUAGGUUACACCACACCACCUGUUCACACACACUGAUCAAAACAAACCACCCCGCUCGCUGACGUCAUCAAGAUGGCCACCCAGAGUGACUAUCAACAUGCGCUACUGAUCGUUAUUGUAUUGAAAUGUAUCGUUAAUAUGUUGAGGUGUCGCAUUUCAUUACUGUUGUUAUUGUGAUGAAUCAAUGUGAAACUUGUUAAAGUGAAGUAUGUACUGUCGACUAAUUAUAGGUUGUUGGACACUUACUUUGACAUCACAUCUCGACAAAUGCAUUUCAAAAUGUCAUUAUGUUUAUGACAGUGGGUUCAGUAAAAAGUAAAAUCAUAAUAUAAAAACAACAUAUAAAUAAAAAAUCUUCUUACUUGAAA